GCCGCCUCCAGUGCCGACGCAGGUGCGCCGCGUUCCGAACGCGAGCCGUCUCCAGCUGGACAAAGGAGCUCCCUCCAGCAGGGCAGCGACAGCAGACCGUGCCGUUACCCAGCCUUCGUUCUACUGGAAAGUCGGCCGCGCUCGCCUCCAGAUAUUACGUGAGCUCACCUUCGCUGCCUCCCUUCCUAAAGGAGACACACAAAAAAAUAGAACGGCGCGUGUGAAAUGAACAGUUCAGUCUGUGCCUGGCAUCAGUAAUAUCGACGCCACAGAUACAUUAAAAAGCGUAUUUCGUGUCAAAUAUAGCCGUGUGGGUACCAUCGCAGAUGUCCGACAAGCGCCGUGUGGUACGAAACAAUCCGAACAUUUAUUAAUUCGUUAAAAAUCCCUCACCAGAACUCUUCUUCGUACUGCACUGCGAAAAAUUUCAGUAAUCUCGUAAUCUUGCCCUUUUUUCUGCACACUAUAAUUGCGUAAAGAACAGAACAGUCGGCUAGCUCGCUUCGCCGUGCUAUCCGCGAGUUGUUUGUUGCCGAGAUACUGCCGGCCGAGUUCGCAGAUAUUAUUAACUCGUGUGACAAUUGCCGAGCGCCAACGACGUUACUCGAGAAGUUCGGCAAACACCUGAAGUGCGACUCUCGGUGAGACUGCGACGCUACGAUUCGCAGACAAUUUACGUGCUCCGUCGGCAUUUCGUAACGAACGGCGAGAAAGAAAAUAAACUCGAGGUGCGAUCGUCGGCGGGUCAGCGACAAUAAUAGUGCUCCGGCGAUGUUACGUAACGAGUAAGAGGGAGAGCAAAAACAUCGGAAGUGCUUCUGUGGUUUGUACUGUGAAGCGGCAGGCAUUACAGACAACGGAAUGGCGGCUGCGGAAUCGUGUGUCGUUCGCGUGACGCGCGCGCGACUCUGACUCAGGUGCUGGCGUCGCUUCGAUCGAGCGAGACACGCGGUGAAAGGAGCUGACUCGCAACAUGCUGUGCGGCAUUUCUCGGCCGCGCAAGGCGCCCUCCUGCGACGACGGUUUCGCCGAGGACCGGGAUAAGGAUAAGGACACGGGACACUGCAGGACCUGCGGCAGGAGUCCUGUCAUGGCGCCCAGGAACACGCAGGGCCUGGACAGCGUGGCGCAAUGCGCGAUGCGGCCACUCAACUCGCAUCUCGACACGCCGAGGAUAGACAGCUACAGGUUCAGCAUGGCCAACCUAGAGGACUCGCAGGAGACGGAGCUGGACGCCAUCUUGGGCGAGCUGUGCGCCCUGGAGACGCAGUGCGACCAGGCGCUGAGUGCGAACGCCGCCGCCAGGCGGCAGCACCUGCAGCCCAAGCCCGCGGCCGCCGGUGAGCCGCAGCCCGCCCCCGCCCCCGCGCGGCAGCAGCAGCAGCAGCCCCGGAUGACGCACUCGCGCUCCAGCUCCGAGGGCGCCCGGGCCAAGCCGGAGGGCGACGACGCCGGCCGCGAACACGUGGUGCGGACGGACAGCCCCGACAACGACUCCGCCUUCUCGGACAACGUGUCGAUGCUCUCCAGCGAGAGUUCGGCGUCCAGCGGUGGCAGUGGCGGGCGUGUGGUGGGCGCGUCCGGAGCUGCCGACCCCGGGAAGGCGGGGCAGCCCGUCUCGCCGACGACGCAGCCGGAUCUCGGGCGGGGAGCGGUACUGACCGAUUCGGUGUCGCAGACGGACGUGGCGAGCCGCGCCAAGGCGGAGAAGAUAAAGAUCGCACUGGAGAAGAUGCGGGAGGCGAGCGUGAAGAAGCUCUUCAUCAAGGCGUUCGGCGGCGACGGCAGCUCCAAGAGCCUGCUGGUGGACGAGUCGAUGACGGCGGGCCACGUGGCGCGGCUGCUCGCCGACAAGAACCACACCGCCAUGGACCCGGGCUGGGCUGUCGUCGAGCACCUGCCCGAGCUGCACAUGGAGCGCGCCUACGAGGAUCACGAGCUGCUGGUGGAGAACCUGCUGAUGUGGACCCGCGACUCGAAGAACAAGCUGCUGUUCGUGGAGCGGCCCGAGAAGGUGGCGCUCUUCACCGGCCCGGAGCUGUUCCUGCUGCCGCCCGGGCAGCGCGGCUGUGCGCAGUCGGACUUCGACGACCACUCCCGCACCCUGCUGCUCGAGGAAUUCUUCUCGGGCGGAGCGGGUGUGCCGGAGGUGGAGGGCCCGCUGUUCCUCAAGUCGGACUCGAAGAAGGGCUGGAAGCGGCACCACUUCGUGCUGCGCGCCUCCGGCCUCUACUACCUGCCCAAGGAGAAGGCGCGCGGCGGCGGGGGCGGGUCCUCUGCCCGCGACCUCGCGCACCUCGCCUCCUUCGACGUCAACCAGGUCUACUACGGCGUGGGCUGGCGCAAGAAGUACAAGGCGCCGACCGACUUCUGCUUCGCCAUCAAGCACCCGCGCCUGCAGCAGCCCAAGUCGACCAAGUACAUCAAGUUCCUGUGUGCCGAGGACGAGGCCUCGCUGCACCGGUGGGUCGUCGGCAUCCGCCUCGCCAAGUUUGGCCGCCAGCUGUCGGACAACUACCGGGCGCUGGUGGACGAGCUGGCGCAGGACGACCUGGACCAGCUGGCGCAGGCGCGCUCCUGCUCCGUCAGUUCCAUCGCGCCCGCACUCGGGGGCGGCGGCGCGCGGUCCGGCGGGACCGGGGGCGCGGGCUCGCCCUCGGACUCGCCCGGUGGGGGCGGGGGCGGGGGCACGGCGGCGGACGCCGUCUCGACCGGCUCCAGCUCGAGCGGCUGCCUGAGCGACGGGUGCUGCGGCAGCGCGGCCGGCAGCGGCGGCACCGCCUCCACGCUCUCCGGCAACACGGCGGCCGCCGGGUUCGAGUGCGACUUCCCGACGACGGGCACGAUCAAGCGGAAGCCGUCGGUGAACCCGAAGCUGCCGCUGACGUCCAUCACGCGACAGCUGAAGGAGGUGGGCGAGACGGUGGCCUGCACCCCGUCGACGCCUUCUCCCUCGACGGCGGCCACCACGCCCACGUCCGUCUUCUCCCCGUCGGUCGACCUGGCGGAUUCUGUGAACGUCAACGUGGGCACUGUCCAGAGAGCAGGUUCGGUGCGGAGGCGGCGGUCGUGCCAGACGCCGUCGACGCCGGACGGCGGGGGCGGCGCGGACGGCGGCAGCAACUCGAGCACCCUCAAACGGCACCACAGCAUCGGGGGCGGGUCAGCCCGGAGCUCCGCCUCCGCCUCCUCGUCCAGCUCGUCCACCCCCGUCAGGGAGCCACCCCCACCGCUGCCCGUGCCGGCAGAGUCGGAGGUGGAGGAGGAGCUCCCGCCGCCCCCGCCGGACAUGUUCGAGAGCACGCUGAGCCUGGACUCGCUGCCGCCACCGCCGCCGCUGCAGCCGGCCGAGCUGUCGGGCAGCCGGCUGAGCCUGGCCUCUCUGCCCCCGCCGCCCCCGCCUUACCGCCCGCCGCCCCCGGCACUGACGCCCGCGCCGCCCUCGGACGCCUCGGCCCCGACAGACUGCCUGUCGCCGACGCGCCGGGGGCCGCUCGCCGCCCCCCCUCCGGUGUACUCGGCGCCUCCGUACCUGGCGGAGCUGAAGGCGGCGGGUGCGGCGCCCUGCGGCCAGCCGGGGUCUCCGCUGGCGAGCAGGCGGCCCGGGUCCCCGCCGCCUCCGACGCCGCCCCCGGCGACGCCUCGCAGCCCCGUGCCGCUCGCCGAGACGCAGCAGAGGUCGCGCACUGCCGGGAAGAAGAUCUCGUUCGCCAUCCCGGCAGAGAGCCCGGGGGCGGACGGCACGCGGUCCCUGCCGCCCCCCGCCUCCCGCAAGCCGCCGCCGCCCCGCCGGUCGGAGUCGACGCGGCUGACGACGCUGCCGGCUCCGCAGCAGCUGGCCCCGCCUCCGAAGGACUUCCUGAAGGACCUGCAGAGGGUCAUGAAGAAGAAGUGGCAGGUCGCACAGAAGUGCAAGGCGGACCUGUCGACGACGCCGCACGAGGUGCUCGGCUUCCGCGACGCGCCUCCCCCGCCGCUGCCGCCUCCGGACGUCCGGCGGGAGAACAGUGUGCUGGACUGGGUGCAAGAGCACUACGGGGGCGGCGGGGGCGGUGCGCCCCACCAGUACAACCUCUACGAGAACGUCUACCUGGUGGGGGGCGGCGGGUCACCCGCCCACGCGCCGCCCGCCGUCAACGGUCAGCACUGCCCACCGUACCGUCACCACCCCCACCCCCGGCACCCGGACGGGGCACCGCCCCCGACAGCCGUGGACUACCGAGCAGGUCCGGCUCCGGGCUCGCGGCUCUCCCGUCAGAACAGUGUGGCGGCCGCCAUCGCCGCCAAGAAGAGGCCGCCGCCGCCGCCCCCGAAGCGCUCGGAGACGACACAGCUGACGACGGCGGUCCCGCCGCACGCGCGGGCGCCCCUGCCGCCGCCUCCGCCGCCGCACCCCUCGCGCUGACGCCGCCCCCGCGGCCGGUAGAGCUGCGCCCCCGGCCGUCCCCGCGGCCGCCGCCACCACCCUUGCGGACUCAUCUGACGGCCGGCGGGGUCGCGCCGGGGUCACGGGAAGUGUGCGCCUCGGACGGACGCCCGUCUCUA